UAUUUGUCGCGUUUCUUUCGAGUCAUACCUACUUAAUCGCUUUUGCAGAUUUUAAAUUAAUUUAUUUAUUUAAUACAAAGUAUUGCUAUAUUUUUAAGUAAAGAUAAGACGAUGGACGAGGAUACGAUUUUGUUUUUAAUACUUUUAUUCUCCUGGGGGGAGUAUUUUUGGGAACUAUAUCUUUCCUUGCGGCAGCUAAAAAUCUAUAAGACAAACAACCACAUACCUGAUGAUUUAUCAGAAAUGCUCAACGAAGAAUCCUUCGAAAAAGCCCGACUGUAUGGGAUCGACAAAUCGCAGUUUAAAAUAGUUAAGGAACUCUACAGCAUAACAUUAACCACUCUAAUAAUCUACAACCGCUGGAUUUACUCAGCUUGGCACAAGUCUGAAGAAAUAGCAGCUCUCUUUGGUGUGUCUCAAGAUAGAGAGAUUGUUAUCAGCUGUGUAUUCAUGUCCUUUGUGACUGUGUUUAACUUUGUGGUGAAUAUGCCCUUUACAAUUUAUGGAAUCUUUGUUCUUGAAGAAAAGCAUGGUUUCAAUAAACAAACAGUUGGAUUCUUUAUCAAAGAUCAAAUCAAGUCAUUGUUACUGAGUCUUAUUAUUACUCUGCCUAUUAUUUCUAUGGCAAUAUACAUCAUAAUGCUUGGUGGAAAUAUGUUUGUUGUUUGGCUAUGGUCUUUUACAACUGUAGCAACUCUAGUGUUGUUAACUAUUUACCCUUCUGUGAUUGCACCAUUAUUCGACAAGUUUGUGCCUUUGCCGGAUGGUUCACUUAGAAAGGGUAUUGAAGAUCUAGCAUCAAAACUAAAUUUUCCUUUAUCUCAAGUCUAUAUUGUGGAAGGUUCAAAGAGAUCAGCACAUAGUAAUGCUUAUUUUAGUGGGCUGUUUGGUGCAAAAAGAAUUGUUUUAUUCGACACUUUGCUGGAAAAAUAUGAUGAAGAAAAGAAGAAAACCACUGGUUGCAAAGAUGGAGAAAUAUUGGGUGUUUUAGCUCAUGAACUGGGUCACUGGAGUUGCAGUCACAUUGUCAAGUCAGUUAUGUUGACUGAAGUAAACUUGCUGCUCCUUUUCACUGCAUUUGGUUUACUGUUUAGAUAUUCUUCGCUGUACACUUCACUAGGUUUCCCAUUAGGACAAGAGCCAAUUAUUAUCGGUCUUAUUGUGGUGUUGCAAAUGAUUCUGGCCCCUUAUAAUUCUGUACUUUCCUUCUUUGCGACAGCUUUGGGAAGGAAGUUUGAAUUUGAAGCUGACAAUUUUGCUGUCUCUUUAAAUUAUCCUAAUGAAUUACGAUCAGCUCUUAUUAAAUUGGGUAAAGAUAACUUAGAUUAUCCGAUUUAUGAUAAACUAUAUUCGGCUUGGUAUCAUUCUCAUCCAACUUUGUUGCAUAGGAUCGAAAACAUCAAAAACCAAAUCCAACCUAAGAAGAUUGACUAAGUCUGAUAACCCUGUACAGUGUAUGCAUUUUAUGUAUGUAGUACAACUAUUUUUAAAACUUAGUAGGAAUAAAUAUUUUUUGAUUAAAAAAAAGCAGUCCGCAUUUUUUUAAAUAUUUCAUGUAGUGCAUUAAAUCAUUAAUUGAUGAGAGUAUAUUGUGAAGACUGGAUGUAAUUUUAUGCUUUCCUAAAUAAUUUUGAGGCUCAAACAUUCUGGUUAUGUGUAAUGUUAAUUAAGAUGUGUUUUUUACAUUUCAUUCUAUUCUGCUUGCUUAUAAAUAUGAAGAUCUAAAUUAUUUGUUUUCCAAAAUAUUCCAAAAAACAAUUAUUCUAAGUUAGUGUUAAAAGUACACCAUCAUGUGAUACAUUCUUUCCUACCAUAAAAUGUGUAGACUUAUACAAUAAUAGUCUAAUUAUUGACCGUGGCAUGAAUCUAUGAAUGUUAUUAAGGACUAAUAUUGCAUCAAACUAGAAACGAAAAUUUUAAAUACCUAUCUAUAUUAUUUUUAAUGAAUACCUAUGUGUUAAUGUUUGUAAAAGAUGUAAAUAGUUGCCUCAAGAGACUAAUGCUACGGUCAUUUAUUAUGUGUUUUAAGGACUUCUUACAAAAGAAACCAUUUGUGGUAAUUUCAAUAAUUUAUUAUAGUAAUUGUAAUCGAAAACUUCUAAAAUUUAUUGUUUUAGACUUUCAUGGUCACUAAAAUAAUUAUUAUUACUGACGGGAUUGCAACAGUUUUAUUGUCCAAGACACUACACCGUACAUUCUUUCAUAAGACUUGAUAAGCACACUCAAUCGAGAAAGGCAUUUAGAAAUUCCAUUUGUUUCAUUUUUUUAUUCAAAUUAUGGUGAUCUUUUGGUAUUUUACUUACCUAGUGAUCAGACUGGUCAUAAUUACUGUUUUCUACUUAUCCUAUGCUAUAAGUAUACAUAGCUGUAUAAAUAAUUUAUUUUAGACAUAAUGUAAACCAAAACAAUCAUAAAAUAUGUAAUUUUAUUAGGAAUGUCAGUGUUCUAUGUAACUUUGUAUUAAAAUUUUAUUCACAUAAAACCAAA